AUGGGGGACUUUAACGCCAAAAUUAGAAAACAAACAAAUAUGUCGGAGGUGGCAAUUGGAAGCUUUGGAAUAAAUGGUCGAAAUGAAAGAGGACAGACAUUGAUAGAUUUCCUGCACAAUCAAAAGUUAUAUGUAAUGAACAGCUUCUUUCAAAAGAAAUUGCAUAGACGAUGGACUUGGGUAAACCCAAAUGGAAGAACAAAAAAUGAAAUAGACUUUUUUAUCACGACGCGGAAAAGAUUUGUCACAGAUGUUACAGUUCUAAAUAAAUUCGGUAUAGGGAGUGAUCAUAGAGCUGUAAGAGCAACUGUAAGAAUAAACGCCAGCAAUGAACGACAAAAAAUGAUAAGAAAGAAACAACAAAUAAAGUGGGAGACCCCAGAAGAUAUUGAUGCGUAUAAUACUUUCUUAACUGAAUCCCUGAACACGAACCAGUCACUAGACAUAAACAUAAUAAAUAAAGAAAUCACUGGAACAAUAUUAAAAGCACAACAAAAAUACUGUAAAAGAGAUGGAGAUAAAGAAGAAAAGAUAAGCAAAAAUAUAAAAGAUCUAAUUAGACAAAGAAGACUUCUAGUAGAACAACAAAAGGAAGAUACAAGCGAAAUAAGAACACUAAAUCGAAGAAAAUAA